AUGUCAAAUAUCUUAUCUUUGAUAUUAUGUUCAGUGGUAAUGGCAUUUGGUACGUUUGGGGCUGGCAUAUUACCAUUAAAGCUCAAUCUUUCGUCCAACAAGAGGAAACUUGUAUCAAUGUUUAGUAUGGGCAUAUUAGCAGGUACUGCUAUGAUGAUGGUAAUACCUGAAGGAUUUGAAAUUUCACUAUCUAAAAACAAGGCACUGGAAACUUCGUCGUCUUAUUUAGGUCUUCCAUUAUUAACAGGUUUUAUGCUAAUGUAUAUCAUUGAUCAUGUGUCUGUUUUACUUUCCACCUCUAGUUGGAAAUUAGCCUCCGAUGAGAGAACAGCAGAUGAAACAGAUGCCGUCAAAGAUGUGUUUUUAUCUCUUUUACGGUCUCCUUUAACUUUCGGAUUGAGUCUCCAUGCUAUUGUCGACGGAAUUUCCUUAGGAACCUCUUUCUUGAAGAAAGAAUCUACGUUUGGGCUAAUCUUUUUCAUGACAAUAGUAUUGCAUAAGCUACCUACAUCAUUUAGUCUAGCUGCUAUCUUAUUGAAAGAAGGAAUAUCGAAUAAGAUCAUCAAAAUUCAUGUGCUUUUGUUUUCAUUAAUGACUCCUAUAAGUUCUAUUUCGAGCUAUAUAAUUCUUCAAAUUUUUACAUCAAAUGACGACAGCACUGUGGGAGCUCUUUUCCUAUUCAGUGGGGGUACUUUUCUCUACGCCGUAAUUCAUGUUAUGAUGGAAGUGUUGAAUUCCGAGAAUUCCAUAGUACCUCUGUCAAGUGAGAGUGACGAGACAUGGAACCCAGAAACAGGAGUGAAUACGAAAGAGCUAAUUAGCUCAUUUUGUGGAAUGCUAGUGCCCACAUUACUAAGUCUUGUGAGUGAGCACGAUAAAUAG